AUGGGCAUGCAGUUGCUAUAUUUGUCAGAAGCUGAGCGGCGAUUAUUGCUGUUUUAUAGACAUGCCACAGAAUUAAAACAAUAUUCCUCAAGGGAAGAAAACAUUCGUGGAAUUAUCGAAGCUGCAGCUGCAGAAACUGGUACGUACUACCUUCUUUCUUCUUCUUUUCAAAUGGCUGUUGUUCUUGUGGGAUUUUCUUUACCAAAAUUUCUGGGAACAACGUCUGCUCUUCUUUUAGAACUGGAAGUGUGCCUGUCCUUAGCCCGAUUUAGAGCUGCAGCAUCUGUUCGUUCGACAGGCUUCAAGCCAACUGUACCUAUUGCACCUGUGUUUAAAUGCGUCGAACGUUUGGAGAAACGCAAAGAGUUUUACACAAAAUUGGAGGAAAAACAUCAGGCUCUGGAGGCAGAGAAGCUGGAAUAUGAGGCUAAGACUAAGGAGGAAGAUGAAGCAGCCAUUAAAGAGCUGAGAAAGACAUUGGUGUUCAAAGCUAAUCCAGUUCCCAGUUUUUAUCAUGAAGUACCUCCACCUAAGCGUCAACUUAAAAAGAAGCCACUAACGCGGCCCAAAUCGCCAAAUCUAUCGAGAAGGAAGAGCUUUGGCGAUUCACUUGCCACUUCUCCAGAGGGAACCCCACCGGUUUGCUCAAGAGCCACUAGACACAGUCUGGGAACUAUUAAGGAUGGAAAAAGUGCUCCCACCAGCCCUCUCAAGAGCAAAAAUCAGACAGAUGAGAGCAAUGGAAAAGUCAAGGUUAAGGAAUCGGUUAAGGACGGUGGCCUGGCUGAGUCCCACGGUUCAGACAUUGCGGUCAAUGGCUGAUUCUUUCUGGUCAGUGUCUUGUUGACCCGGAUAUUUGUUUGCUUGCAAGAGAUGUAAA